GCUUAAACACUGAAGGCUGUGUUUUCCGUUAACUAAUGUUAAAUGUCGAAUUGAGUCUCCUGCAAUUAUCCUUUUGGGACGCCCUUUUUUUUUGGUGAAGAAUAGAACAAAGGGUGUAUACGUAGGGGCAAUGGUGCUGUGUUAGGCGAAUAUUGCUUCGAGCAACCGAAGGAUUUCGUUCUGUAAAGUUCAAGCUGAUGUUUUGAAAUUUCGCGCAGUCGUUUAUUUUCAAUAAGCUUAUAAAUAUUAGUAUGAAGUGAAAUAGAACUGAAUUUACCAUCUGAAACUGCUGCUUCAUGUUCGGAUCACGUUGACAGAAAUAAAAUAAGCUGAAACAACCAAAGAGCAAACUGCAGCUAAAGAAAACUUGAUCUGAAACCGAAGUUUGUGCCUACUCAACAGCCUAUAAAGAGCACUUCACAACGCUGCUAGACCUUCUACUCUUCUCAGUGCUGCCCUGGGACACUCUCCCUAGUGCAACAAGAAUAGGAAUUCUCUGCUAGCUUGAUAGAUCCUUCUCUCUGCCCCUUUGACCACCUACCAUUUGAAACUUCUUUGUGUGUGCUAAACAGUUCUGAAAACAGUACAAAGUGCAAUAUUCAACAUCACCAGAAGUUCUGAAGAAAUGUGAUAAGAUUUAAUGGCGUGGAAAGGAGAGGGGGCCAAAGAACAAAAGGAAGGUCUGGAAUGGAGAAGAGGGCGAUGGAAAAACGAGGAGAAUGGAAUAGAAUCUUUGCAGGAGAUGAGCUUUGAUCCGAACCUCUUGCAUAACAAUGGCCAUUCUGGUUUUGCUAAUGGUACCUCAGGAGCCUUGCGUGAAACAGGCAUCAUUGAGAAGUUGCUAGCAUCGUAUGGCUUUAUCCAGUGCACUGAACGUCAAGCAAGACUCUUCUUCCAUUGCUCUCAAUACAGUGGGAAUCUUCAAGAUCUGAAAGUGGGAGAUGAUGUGGAAUUUGAAGUAUCUUCUGACAGACGGACUGGAAAACCAAUUGCUGUGAAAUUGCUAAAAGUGAAGCCUGAAAUUUUGCCUGAAGAAAGAAUUACAGGACAGGAAGUAUUUUAUCUGACAUACACACCUGAAGAUGUUGAUGGAAAUGUCCAACUUGAAACAGGAGAUAAAGUUUCUUUCUCCAUGGAAACAAACAAACAUACUGGUGCUGUAAAUGCUCACAACAUUGUACUGGUGAAGAAGAAACAGGGUCGGUGUCAAGGUGUAGUUUGUGCCAUGAAGGAAGCAUUUGGAUUCAUUGAACGAGGUGACCUUGUAAAAGAGAUCUUCUUCCACUAUAGUGAAUUCAAGGGAAAUUUGGAGACCUUGCAGCCAGGCGAUGAUGUGGAAUUUACUAUUAAAGAAAGAAAUGGAAAAGAAGUUGCCACUGAAGUGAAACUGUUACCCCAAGGAACUGUUAUAUUUGAAGAUGUUAGUAUUGAACAAUUUGAUGGAACUGUCACCAAAGUUAUUCCAAAAGUAUCCAGUAAAACCCAGACUGACCCCUUGCCAGGACGUAUCAAGGUAAACUUUGCCAUUUCCAAAGAACUUCCCUUUGGAGAUAAGGACACACGAUCUAAAGUGACACUCUUAGAAGGUGACCAUGUAAGGUUUAAUAUCUCCACUGAUCGACGUGAUAAACUGGAACGUGCUACAAAUAUUGAAAUUCUAACAGAUUCUUUUGAGUUGACUGGAGAAACCAGAGAAAUGGGUGUGAUUGCUGCCAUGAGAGAUGGGUUUGGUUUCAUUAAAUGUGUAGAUCGCGAUGCUCGAAUGUUCUUCCACUUUAGUGAGAUCAUGGAUUGUCUUCAGCUUCACAUCUCAGAUGAAGUUGAGUUCACAGUUGUCCCUGAUGUACUUUCAGCCCAGAGGAACCAUGCAAUUCGUAUUAAAAAACUUCCAAAAGGAACAGUGUCCUUUCACACACAAUCUGAGCAACGUUACUUUGGAAUGGUGGAGAAAGAAGCUACUGGUUCAAUAUCUAAAUCUACUAGCCCAGCCAAGGGUAAAGAAAAGGAUGCAGAAGAAGGAAUCAUUGCAUAUGAGGAAGCUGGGAUAAGAAUGACUGUACCAUAUCAUAUAAAAGACCUGGAAGGGGGUGCAAUUCCACAGCUUGGUGAUAAGAUUGAAUUUAGUAUCUGUGAAGUUAAAAGAACUGGUCUGCAGAGUGCAGUGUCAAUCAAAAUUAUAAAUCGUAACCCCAAUGCCAAGCGACUUGUAGGAUAUGUAGCUGCUUUGAAGGAUAACUUUGGUUUCAUUGAAACUUCUCAACAUGAUCAAGAAAUCUUCUUUCACUACAGUGAGUUCUCAGGCGACGUUGAUGAGCUGGAUGUCGGAGAUGUUGUGGAAUACAGUUUGUCAAAGGGCAAAGGGAACAAAGUGAGUGCUGAGAAAGUUGCCAAGAUUACAACAGUGAAUGGUCCCAACGAUGAAGUGUAUCCAACUGUCUAUACUGGUAAAGUGGUGAGGCCAUUACGCAGUGUGGAUCCACAGCAGGCUGAAUAUCAGGGACUUAUUGAGAUUACAGAAGAAGGGCCGAUGAAAGGAGAAGUGUAUCCUUUUGGCAUCAUUAGUUUGGCAAACAAAACAGAUUGCCUUCAGAAGGGGGAAACUAUCAAGUUCCAGCUAUGCACCGUGGCCCUAACAGGACAGAAAUUGGCCUAUGAUGCUACACCUUUACGAAGAGGCACUGUGGAUUGUGUGAAAGACCAGUUUGGCUUCAUUAACUAUGAAGUUGGUGAUGGUAAAAAGCUGUUCUUCCGUGUGAAUGAGGUACUGGAUGGUGUUGAGUUGCAGCCUGGAGAUGAGGUGGAGUUCUCUGUCAUCUUAAACCAGCGUACGGGAAAGUGCAGUGCCUGCAAUGUGUUCCGUGUCAGUGAGGGCCCGAGACCGGUGGCAGCUCCACGUCCGGACCGUUUAGUGCAUCGUUUGAAGAGCAUCACAUUGGAUGACGCAAGUGCUCCAAAACUGGUCGUGCUUCGCCAGCCUAAGGGACCUGAUAACUCCAAGGGAUUCACUGCAGAGAGAAAGAUUCGUCAAGCUGGAGUCAUUGAUUGAUUUCUUUUCUCUUCCCCCAGCAAGCACAUUACCCAAUGCAGUAUCUUCGGGGAGGGGAGGGUUUACGCAAGAUUAGUCUGCCUCUACUACCCUCUGUGUUUCCCAGUCCAAAAUGGAACACAGUUUAUCUAUUUUCAAGCAAAUCUUCAGUUCUACAACUUGUCUGUGCUUUUAUCAAAAGCUUAAAAAAAAAAUACAAAAUGAAGCAAAAACAAAAAAAAUACAAAAAAGUAAUGCACAGGCUCGGGGCAGUGAAUAAGCAGGAAGCCUUAUUAGUUUCACAACCUUAUAGGAGCUUGAUUUAAAAUCAAACAGCAUCUUACAUCAGUGCUAAUUUGAAUUUGUAAGUUUAUUUGCCUUUAAAUGUUAGAAAAAAAAAUCUGAAACACUCGUGCCAUGAGUGCUGGCUUUCAUUAAAUCUUUCAAUACAAGUUUGUUGAUGCUGUGGAGCACUGCAGCCUUGGAACACUUUUUUUCCCUAUUCUAGAAACUAACAGAUCUGUGCCUAAAAACAAAUAUCACUGUUAUUCCCACAAAGGGCACCCUGUGUAAUGCCGAAUGAAAAAGAACGGCUGACUUUUUUAAAAAAGUAUAUUAAUGCAUCAAGGUGGAAAUGUUAAUUGUUGGUACUGUAUAUAUGCCUUUUGCAUAGAAACAGGGAGACUAGUUGAUAUCAAGCGUUAGUAAUCAAAUAACUGGUCUGUGUUAUUAUACCAAAUAAGAUCAGGAAUUUAAUUGUUGGUGUGGGACAGAGGCAGUACCCUGUUUCUGUUUCGCCUCUGCUCACAGUUUGGGGUUUGUCUAUACUGGGAGAUUGCUUUGUUCUUGCAAGAAAGAAAAUAAAACACCUGGCUUUC